AUGUAUUUAUUUAUUUUGUACUACUGCUCUUGUUUCAAAAUUUUCCAACCUUUUCUCGUCGUCUCUUUUUCUGUCCGUAAUUCAUUUUUGUCAUUAUACAUGAAUUUUAAGUUCUCUUCUCACAUCUUUCUCUUUGUUCCUUCCCUUUCUCACAGUGUCUUAUUUGAUGUUUUACAAAACUAUGAUUUUCCCUAUUUCAGCCACAAAGCGAGAAUGUAUUACUUUUUGUUUAGCAUGCUAUUACAACGUUUACCUUGUAUCAUAAUGGAGUUUAAAACUUCUCUCUACUCCUUUGUUCUGUCUAUAUUGUUCUUCUUCAUCUUACUAUUAUUAUUAUUAUUACUCUUCUAUUUUGUUUUUUCUUUCUUGCCAUUGGUCCAUAAAAUUUACACAGUACAAUAUUACUAUGAAAUCCUCUUUUUUUUUUCUCAUGUCCGUUAUAAUAAAACAACGAGAGACUAA